AUGAGGAGGAGGUCAGGGAAGGGCAGUGAGAGGAAGAAGAGGAGGAGAGAGAGGGAGGAUGAGGUCAGGGAAGGGCAGUGGGAGGAAGAAGAGGAGGAGAGAGAGAUGGAGGAUGAGGAGGAGAUCCUGGCUAUCCUGUCUAUCCUGUUCAUAAUUCUCUCCACUAUCGCCUUGUCCCUCAACACCCUACCAGAGCUCCAGGUGCUAGAUGAGUUCGGCCAGGCCAACGACAACCCCCAGCUGGCCCAUGUGGAAGCCAUCUGCAUCGCCUGGUUUACCAUGGAAUACCUCCUCCGCUUCCUCUCUUCACCCGACAAGUGGAAGUUCUUCAAAGGUCCCCUGAACAUCAUUGACCUGCUGGCCAUCCUCCCUUAUUAUGUCACCAUCUUCCUGACGGAAUCCAACAAGAGUGUUCUACAGUUCCAGAACGUUCGGCGUGUGGUGCAGAUAUUCCGGAUCAUGAGAAUAUUGAGGAUUCUGAAGCUGGCCAGGCAUUCCACAGGGCUGCAGUCUCUAGGUUUCACCCUGAGGAGGAGUUACAACGAGCUGGGCCUGCUCAUCCUCUUCCUGGCCAUGGGCAUUAUGAUCUUCUCCAGCCUCGUCUUCUUUGCCGAGAAGGACGAAGACGCCACCAAGUUCACCAGCAUCCCCGCCUCCUUCUGGUGGGCCACUAUCACUAUGACUACGGUGGGUUACGGUGACAUCUACCCUCAGACUCUGUUGGGUAAGAUAGUCGGGGGUCUCUGCUGUAUCGCCGGGGUGUUGGUCAUCGCUCUGCCCAUCCCCAUUAUAGUCAACAAUUUCUCUGAGUUCUACAAGGAGCAGAAGAGGCAGGAGAAGGCCAUAAAGAGGCGGGAGGCCCUGGAGAGGGCCAAGAGGAACGGUAGUAUCGUCUCCAUGAACCUGAAGGAUGCGUUCGCCCGGAGUAUGGAGCUGAUGGAUGUAGUCGUGGAGAAAGGAGGAGAGGACAAGCUCUGUGUGGGCCUGGGCAACCACCUGUCCCCCAACCGCUGGGCCAGCACACCCAAAUGCGCCGCCUCUGACACCAGUCUUCAUACCCUGGAUAAGACGUUCCCCGAAUCCAUCCUCCUGGGAUCCACCCACCGCAUCACCAUCACCACCAGCAGCAGCCCCCAGCGGCGGCACCUCGGUAGCCCUCAGUUCAGAGGCGGUAUCCCCGAAUUCAGAGGCGGUAACUCUCAGCUUCUUAACGCUCAGAACCUAGAGUCCUUGUACAACGAGAUGGCCAGGUCUCAGUCCUUCACCAACCUCAACACUUCCUGCUCCCUGAGCACCGUGAGCACCUCAACCGCCUUCACCGCCACGACAUCCCCGGAGUUGCAGCAGCACCCGGGGUCCCCUCCUGCGCCGACCCCGACCUUACAGAAAGUAGAACUGGAGAUGCAGGAAGUCCUGCGCUCUUCUUCGUCUUCGACGGAGCUGAAGGAAGGUGACGGAAUACAGAGCCCGCCGAGCGUGGAUAGCAUCGCCACCUGCAGGGACGAGUUUGGGGAAGGUUCUGGAAGGAAGUUCCCUCCGACUCUGGAUCUCCUCCCAGAGUCGAGUGUCGAUGAUGUCCAAAGCCCACACGAUACCACCCUCCUCAAAGACAGGAUGUAUGGGUUUGUUCCCUAUGACCAAGAUGGUGCCACAAAGUCCACCAGAGACGACGCAGAGAGCUUCAACAGAACCGUUGAGAACAUCCGGAAUUCCCUGAGAGGCAGCAUCAACCCUGUCGUCAAGGGAACCAAAGGGUUAAAGGUCAUUUUCAUCGAGGGCCCCCCCACCGAAGCCCCCCCGACGCCACCCAGCACCACCUCACCCAAGGACAUCAGCUCCAGCCUCCUGGAGGAUGAGUCCCCUGAGGGGGAGACCACACCGCUCCUCCCCAGCACAGAGGCCCUCGACCUGGGCACAGAAGACGAGAUCUUCCCCCUGUCCCCUGAGAGGCUGGUGGUAGUGGUGGACACCCCGCCAGGGGACGAGGACACCCUGGACCAGAGUCUCGGGUGUCAAGGGUUGACCAACGAGGAGAAAAACCUGAUGGAGACUACUGCGGGAGCGGCAGGAGGGGCAUCGGCGGGGAACUGCACCCAGGGUGUGUUGGGGGGAGGGGCAAGUGGGGAGGGUAAGGUCGACAUCAACCAAAGUGGACACCAAGCAGAGAACCACAUGUUCACACCAGAGAUCCCCCUGAUGACCGGGGAGAGCAGUAUGUCCCCAACCUGUGAAACCAGCAUGUGACUGUAGGGGGCGCUAUGAGGGAAAAGACCCACUUGAAUUACAUUUAAAUAACCUGCUGAGAAAUACGAAGAAGAAUGAGAAGAGAGGGAGGAAAUAGGAGGAAAGUGAGAUGAGAGAAAAAGGGCCAGAUAGUGGAAGAGGUAUUUUUGCAUGGCAUGACAAGUCCCUUUUACGCGUGUUGUUGUUUAUUGCUGAAACAGAGACUGCAGAGGUUUAUUGCCGAAACAGAGACUGCAGAGGUUUAUUGCCGAAACAGAGACUGCAGAGGUUUAUUGCCCGAAACAGAGACUGCAGAGGUUUAUUGCCCGAAACAGAGACUGCAGAGGUUUAUUGCCCGAAACAGAGACUGCAGAGGUUUAUUGCCCGAAACAGAGACUGCAGAGGUGUAUUGCCGAAACAGAGACUGCAGUAGUUUUGCAGACAUAAAACUUUUGGGGCUCAAAUCGAGAAACUCAUAUGGACAUAUUUAAGAAGACAUUUUCAAUCCUGUAAAUUUCAGUCUUGUUUCUUUUUUUCUAGCAACAGUGAAAAAUGUGUAUCUUUAAAAACAUCAAAAAGCUUUUAAAAAUAGAUAUGUAGGUAUAUUUGACGGUUUGCUGAAAGCGCUCAACAUACUAUGACAACAAAGGCAAUGACAAUUCACAGAAGAAGAGGCAGAAAAAGAUCCACGUUCGCCAAAGGUACAAAUAUUUCUAAUGUGAGGAGAAAGAAGGUAAUGCAUCAACAGACCUCACACAGAGCCUGUGUUCCAAAUGGCACCCUAUAGUGCACUACUUUAGACCAGAGCCCUAUAGCACCCUA